CCUCCCCUCCCGCCGGUUGAGGGGCCGCCUCCGCCAUGGUGCUGGAGUCGGUGGUGGCGGAUCUGCUGAACCGCUUCCUGGGCGACUAUGUGGAGAACCUGAACAAGUCCCAGCUCAAGCUGGGUAUAUGGGGCGGUAAUGUGGCACUUGACAAUUUACAGAUCAAAGAGAAUGCAUUAAGUGAACUGGAUGUACCCUUUAGAGUAAAAGUUGGUCAGAUAGAUAAACUUACUCUGAAGAUUCCUUGGAAGAAUCUCUAUGGAGAGGCAGUUGUUGCAACUCUAGAAGGCUUGUAUCUUCUGAUAGUCCCUGGAGCAAGUGUUAAAUAUGAUGCGGAGAAGGAAGAAAAAUACUUGCAGGAUAAUAAACAAAAGGAACUGGCAAGAAUUGAGGAAGCCUUGCAGAAAGCAGCAGAAAAAGGCACUCACUCAGGAGAGCCCCUGUAUGGGUUGGAGAGUCUGGUUUACAAGGACACCAAGCCUGGACGUAAGCGUAAAAGGUACAAAAAGCAUUUUAAGAGACCCUUUAAAGGUCAUGACCACUCAAAAGACAAACCAAAGGAGGAGAAGAAGGAUACUUUCUUAGAAAAGCUUGCAACUCAAGUUAUAAAAAAUGUGCAAGUCAAAAUCACGGGCAUUCAUGUUAAAUAUGAAGAUGAUAUCACAGACCCCCAGUGUCCGAUUUCCCUGGGGAUGACGUUGGGCGAGCUUAGUUUGCUGACAACAAAUGAGAACUGGAAACCUUCCAUUCUGAAUGAAGCUGCAAAAAUAAUAUACAAGCUUUUGUGCCUGGACAGCCUCAGUGCUUACUGGAACGUGCACAGCCCAAUGUACUAUCACGGCUCCAGGGAGCAGAUCCUGGACCAGCUGAAAAGAGGAAUUCCAUGUGGUGGUAACCAGCCAGAAGAUUACCAGUACAUUUUUAGACCAGUGUCAGCCUCUGCAAGACUGUAUAUCAACCCCUAUGCAGAGUUAGAACUGAAAACUCCCAAGAUUGAUUGUAAUGUGGAAGUACAGAGAAUUGUCAUUGAGUUCACUAAGCCACAGUACCUGAGCAUGCUGGACCUGCUGGAGUCCAUCGACUGCAUGGUGCGUAACGCGCCCUACCGGCGCUUCCGGCCCCGCCUGCCCCCACACGGACACGCCGCGCUCUGGUGGAAAUAUGCAGGUGACAGUGUCCUCGAAGUUCACAUCAGAAGACGCACUCGAAUGUGGUCGUGGAGUAACAUCAAACAGCACAGGCAGCUUCUGAAGAGUUACAAAAACACCUACAAGAACAAGCUGACUCAGAGUAAACUGUCAGAAGAAACUCAGAGGCAAAUUCAGGACCUGGAAAGACAGCUUGACGUCUUCAAUAUAGUCUUAGCAAGGCAACAAGCACAAGUGGAGACAAUAAGAUCAGGACAAAAAUUACUGAAGAAGAAAAGCACUGAAGCAGAAAAGAAAAGUGGAGGAUGGUUUGGUGGUUUCUGGGGCAAAAGAGAAUCUAGGAAGAAAGAAGAUGAGGAAUCACCUGUUCCUGAAACUAUUGAUGAACUAAUGACCCCAGAGGAGAAAGCCAAGCUUUUCACUGCCAUUGGAUACAGUGACAGCUCCCACAACCUUUCCUUACCAAAGCAGUAUGUUGCCCAUGUUGUGACACUCAAGCUGUUAAGCACUUCUCUUACAAUUAAAGAAGACAAGAAUGUGGCAGAAACUCUGAAAGUGCAGAUAAUUGAUCUGAGUACCAAAAUAUCCCAGCGCCCAGGAGCACAAGCCAUCAAGGUUGAAGCCAAGCUUGAAAACUGGUACGUUACAGGCCUGAGACAGGAGAACAUUGUUCCAUCUCUUGUGGCCUCCAUUGGGGACAGCAAAUCUUCCCUGUUGAAGAUCGAGUUUAACACUAACCCAGAGGACAGCACAGCUGACCAGAGCCUUUCCAUCGAGUCCCAGCCUGUGGAAAUCAAGUAUGAUGCAAGAACAAUAAAUGCAAUGGUAGAAUUCUUCCAGACAAGUAAGGGAAUGGACCUUGAAAGAUUAACGACAGCCACCUUAAUGAAGCUGGAAGAAAUCAAGGAGAGAACUGCUACAGGGUUAGUUCAUAUCAUUGAGAUGCGGAAAGUCCUGGACUUGAAGAUUAACCUGAAACCUUCCUACCUCGUGGUGCCCCAGACGGGUUUCUACCAGGAAAAUUCAGCUUUGCUCAUUCUGGACUUUGGUACAUUUCAGCUGAACAGCAUAAAUCAAGGCAGCAGUCAGACUUCCACCUUUUCAUCUCUGGAGGAGAUUAUGGACAAAGCUUAUGACAAGUUUGAUGUGGAAAUAAAAAACGUGCAGCUGCUUUUUGGAAGAACAGGUGAAGACUGGAAGAAGGCUCGUUUUCAACAUCCAUCAACAUUGCACAUUUUGCAGCCUAUGGAUAUUCAUGUGCAGUUGGCAAAGUCAAUGGUGGAAAGAGACACCAGGAUGCCAAAGUUUAAAGUGUCGGGAGGCCUUCCUUUGGUGCAUGUCAGACUGUCAGACCAGAAGAUCAAGGCAAUUUUUGAUCUGAUUGACAGCAUUCCCUUGCCUCAGAAGUCAUCUGUGUCAGCUCCAAGCACAAAGGUACCAGCUAUUCCCACAAUCCCUGUUGUCAGUAAAGGGUUACUGAGGACACCCCAGUUGUUGGCAGAGAUGGUGUCAGAUUCUGAAGAAGAGUAUUUUGAUUUUGAGGAAAGCUCUGAACCAACUGACAGGUCACUAAUUAAAGGAGAAGAAAUGAGAAGUGAGGAGCCUGCUCAAGAGGAGCUGACAGACCUUCAGCUGAAGUUUGAAAUUAAAGAGGUUUUAGUAGAACUCACCAAGGAAAAGCAAACUGAGGAAACAGUGCUUGUGUUUGAUGUCAUGCAUCUGGGGACAGAGGCUACUGUCAGAACCUAUAACUUAGCAGCAGUAUCUUACUUAAAGAAAAUAAGCCUGGAUUACUAUGAAAUUGGAGGUAAAAAAACACCCAUUCACCUCAUUAGUUCCUCAGAUAAACCUGGCUUAGACCUUCUGAAGGUGGAAUAUAUCAAGGCUGACAGAAAUGGGCCACAGUUUCAGACAGCUUUUGACAACACUGAACAGAUGAUUCAAGUAACGUUUUCAUCACUGAACCUCCUGUUGCACACAGAGGCCCUGCUGUCUGCUCUCAGCUUUCUGACAGCUGUGAGCCCAUCUGGCAGUGACAGCAGGGGAGACUCACCAGUGAAGGAAAAGCAAGAGGAUGACACCAGAUUGAAAAAAGUGUCUAGACCUUCCAAGGAUAAGGAUGUGUUUGACUGCAAGGUCUUUGCCAAGCUGGAUGCCUUCUGUUUAAAUAUUUGUGAUGAGAAAAAGAACAUUGCGGAGAUCAAGAUACAAGGUCUUGACUCAUCCCUUUUCCUUCAGCCAAGCCACACCGUAUUCUUUGCCAGACUUAAAGACAUAGUUGUCACAGAUGUUGAUUCAAGGACCCUUCAUAAAAAAGCCGUGUCUAUAGUGGGAGAUGAAGUUUUCAGUUUCAAUCUGACGUUAAAUCCACAAGCUACUGAGGGAGAAGCCUACACUGACAUGUCCAAAGUGGAUGGUUCUGUAUCUCUGAGAGUGGGCUGCAUUCAGAUUGUGUUCCUCCACAAGUUCCUCAUGGCUCUUGUGACCUUCUUGAACAACUUCCAGACAGCCAAGGAGGCUCUGAGUGCUGCCACAGCCCAGGCUGCAGAAAAGGCUGCCACCAGUGUGAAGGACCUGGCUCAGAGGAGUUUUCGCCUGGCCAUGGACAUUCACCUGAAAGCACCAGUUAUCGUCAUCCCCCAGUCCUCAGUGUCCCCCAGGGCCAUAGUGAUAGACCUGGGCUUGAUCAGGGUGCAGAACCAGUUCAGCUUGGUGUCUGCAGAAGGCAGCUCCCUGCCUCCAGUCAUUGACAAAAUGGAUGUGCAGCUGACAAAGCUGAAGAUGUCCAGGACCACUGUGGAGGCAGAUUCAUCACAUCCAGAUAUUCAGAUUCUUCACCCUAUUAAUUUAAGCCUGUCAGUGAAGAGAAAUCUGUCUGCAGCUUGGUUUCACAAACUGCCUGUGCUGCAGGUCACGGGCUACCUGGACACAAUGAAUGUCGUGUUAAGUCAAGAGGAUCUGAAUGUCUUUCUCAGAGUGUUGACAGAAAACCUUGGUGAAGCAGAAGAACAAACUGAUGCCAAAUCAGUCCUGCAAAAGGAAGGUAAAUCCAAAGAAAUGGAGAGAUCAGUUUUGGUACAGGGUAAGAGUGGUGCAGAAGGAAUGCUGUCUGAAAAGAGAAAAGAGACACUGACUGAAGAUGUAAUCAAUGUGCUGCUUAAUUUUGAAAUCAAAGAGGUUGUAGUGACCUUGAUGAAGCAGGUUCAGGAGGAGAGAUACCCAUUACAUAUCCUGACUGUGCUACAGCUUGGAACUGAAACCAAAGUCAGAAACCAUGAACUGACUGCAGCGGCAUAUCUGAAAAAAAUUGCCAUGAGAUGCACCGAGAUAAAGGACUCAAAAGGAGAACCUCUUUGCAUUAUUAAUUCUUCAAGUGAGACAGAUGAGCACCUUCUGAAAAUGGAAUACAUUAAGGCUGAUCCUGAUGGGCCAGACUUUGUUACAACUUACAAAAACACCAAGCAGAACAUCAAUGUCAUCUUUUCAUCUUUGGAUAUAGUACUUCACACAGAGGCUUUGCUUUCCAUCUUGAGUUUUCUCACCUUCAGUGUUCCAUCAGGUGGUCUUCCCAGUGCUGAUAAAUCAUCAGACCACAAGCCUCAAACAAAAGAACAGGACACAGGAAGUGCUCUUAGACCAGUGUCUGGUGAUGCAACCCACAAUGAUAUCUGUGAAUUAAAACUCACUGCAAAGCUCAAUGCAUUCAGCAUCGCUGUGUGUGAUCAGACCUGUAGGAUUGCAGACAUCAGAAUACAAGGAAUGGAUGCAUCUGUAACUAUGAAGCCUAAAAAGAUUAAAGUGUUCUCCAGGCUUGAGGACAUUGUAAUUACAAAUGUUGAUCCCAAAACAGUCCAUAAAAAGGCUGUGUCCAUAAUGGGAGAUGAAGUGUUCAGAUUUCACGUGUCCCUGUACCCAGACGCCACUGCAGGGGAAGCCUACGCUGACAUGUCGAGGGUGGAUGGGAAGAUGUCUCUCAAAGUGGGCUGCAUCCAAAUCAUUUACCUCCACAAGUUCUUUAUGUCUCUCUUGAACUUCCUGAACAACUUCCAGACAGCCCAGGAAGCCCUGACUGCAGUCACUGCCCAGGCAGCAGAAAUGGCAGCUUCCAGCAUGAAGGACUUUGCCAGGAAGAGCUUCCGCCUCUCCAUGGAUGUCAACCUGAAAGCUCCAGUUAUCGUUAUUCCUGAAUCUGCAGCUUCACACAACGCUUUGGUGGCUGACCUUGGCUUAAUCAGAGUGCAGAAUGAGUUCAAGCUGGUACCUUCAGAUGAAUCUCCUCUUCCUCCAGUCAUUGACAGCAUGGAUGUGCAGCUGACUCAUUUGAAGUUAUCAAGGUGCAUCAUAUCCACAGAUUCUCAGCCAGACUCUGAAAUUCUGUGUCCUGUGAGUUUGACUUUGCUGGUGCAGAGAAAUUUAGCAGCAGCGUGGUAUCAUAAAUGCCCAACAAUUGGUAUCAAAGGAGACCUGAAACCAAUGCAGAUUGCACUCAGUGAAGAUGAUCUGACUGUUAUCAUGAAAAUUUUACUUGAAAACCUCGGAGGGGCUUCUUCCCAACCAACUGCUGUGCAGGAGAACGUCGAGUUUACACAGAUCCCUAAAAAAGAGAAAGUUCCCCAUGAAUCUGGUCCUCUUCUGGCUUCUGAACAAAAGAGUGUUUCUGCAGCUCAGUCUUGUGUGGAAUGUUACACAACCCUUAAAUUUGACUUCAAUUUUGAGUCACUUUCCGUAAUUCUCUACAACAGUGAUAAGAACCAGAGGGCUCAGCUCCCCGAGCACAGUGACAGAUUGCGCCUGGGAGAGCUGCGCCUGCUCCUCAUGGCAUCAGCUGGGGACAUGUUCUCAGAUGGCUCCAUGGAUGUCAAAGUUCAGCUCAAGGCCUGCACCUUGGAUGAUCUGAGAGAGGGAAUUCAGAAUGUGACUGCAAGAAUGAUAGACAAGAAAGAUGACACACAUGACAGUUCUAUGAUAGAUAUAAGGUAUAAGCAGGAUAAAAAUGGAACUGAAGUUGUUGCAGUCCUUGACAAGCUCUACAUAUGUGCCAGUAUGGAGUUUUUGUUGACAGUAGCAGAUUUUUUCAUUAACUCGAUGCCAGCAUCCUCAACUGAAAGAUCUGCACAGUUUCAAUUAAAGCAAGUUGCUUCUGGGAAAUCCAAGCCAGAAACAGAAACACCUGUACGGCCAAAUAUGACAGUACAAGCUGUGAUUCUGGACCCAGAAGUUGUGUUUGUUGCUAAUUUGACCAAUGCUGAUGCUCCUGCCUUAAAAGUUUCCUUCCAGUGUAACUUUUCUCUGACAUCUGGAAGGGAUGCACAGAGGAUGACUGCUCAAGUGAAUGGCUUCAAGGUGUUGGCCUGUGCCUUUCUCAAGGAAAAACAAGACAAGAAUAUUACUACUGUGUUACGACCCUGUUCCUUGGUCAUGGAAAAUAUGGUGCAUGUCUCAGGAUUGCAGACUGUGGCAGUUACAAUAGAAGAACUUAUUAUUAAGAUCUCGCCCAUAAUUCUGAACACUGUCAUUACCAUUAUGGCUGCCAUAAAACCCAAGGCACCAGAGGAGGAUUCCAGAGGAGCAGCUGAAGUUUCUGAGAAUCUGUGGCGGGUGAAGCCUGUGGAUGAGUGCAAUGCUUGGUUCCUCGGUGUUGAUGUAGCCACAGAAGCAACAGAAACUUACAAGGACCGUGAACAAGUUGUGAAACAGGAGAAGUUUGACAUCGUGGUGAAAUCAGUGCAGAUGACCUUGGAGUGUGGGCUGGGACAUCGCACCGUCCCUUUGCUGUUGGUGGAAUCUGCUUUCUCAGGGGUCCUGAAAAACUGGUCCUCGCUGAUGGAGGUCACUGCUGACACGUCGCUGGAGAUUCAUUAUUACAAUGAAACCUAUGCAGUGUGGGAGCCACUUAUCGAGCGAAUUGAAGGAGGAAAGAAGCAGUGGAAUUUGAAACUGGAGAUGAAGACUAACCCUGUCCAGGAGAGAAGUCUGAUGCCUGGGGAUGAUUUCAUCGUUCUUCCUGAGCCCCAGACUGCUGUUACCAUCUCCUCCAAGGACACAAUGAACAUCACAAUAUCCAAGUGUUGUCUGGCUGUUUUCAGUAACCUGGCCAAGGCAUUUUCUGAAGCGACUGCCUCCACGUUUGACUAUUCCUUUAAGGAGACAGCCCCUUUCAUAGUGAAAAACGCCCUGGGGGUGUCUCUCAAAGUGCUCCCCAGCUCCAGUUUUCGGAUAGUUGGUUCCACUGGCAAAGAGAACACGAAGGAGAUCGAGGUUGGUCAGAGCAUGGAGCUGGAGUACUCUGCGUUUGAGGCACCCCAGCGAGGCAGAUUAUCUGCCCUGCACCGACAGGAGAGCACCCUCUUCUCCCUGAACUUAGAACUGCAGGGCUACAAAGACGCCCUGAGCAUUCCGGUAGCCAAGCCGGGCCGGCGGCUGUACAACACCAGGAGCCUGGCUGGCCCCUCCAGCUCCAUCAUCCUGCAGAUUGAUGCCACAGAAGGGAACAAGGUCAUCACUGUGCGCUCCCCUCUGCAGAUCAAGAACCAUUUCUCCAUCCCAUUUACGAUCUAUAAACUGGCUAAAGGCUCCAGGGUGCUGGAGGAAAUUGGCAUCUCCAGGCCAGAGGAAGAAUUCCAUGUUCCUUUGCAUUCCUACACGUGUCACCUGUAUGUCCGGCCCACGGGGGUGUUCGAGGGGCAGUUCAGAGAGUCCACCACCUACAUUGCCUGGAGGGAGGAGCUGCACAGGAGCACCGAAGUGAAGUGCUUGUUGCAGUGCCCAGCCGUGGAGUCAAAUUUCCUGCCUCUGAUCAUCAGCUCAACAGCUGUACCUGAUGAACUCAGUUUUAUUUCACCCUAUGAAGAGGAGUGGGAUCCUGCCUACAUUAUCCACCUUUACCCCACACUCACUGUGAGGAAUCUUCUGCCAUACUCCGUGAGAUAUUUACUGGAGGGCACAGCAGAAGCCCGGGAAUUAACCGAAGGGAGCGCCGUAGACGUUUUCCAUUCCCGAAUCAGCGGAGAAAUAAUGGAACUGGUGCUGUUAAAAUACCAAGGCAAAGACUGGAAUGGGCAUCUUAAAAUUCACGAGGGGAUGCCUGAGUUCUUCUCCGUGUGUUUCACCUCCCACUCUGCAGCGUCCAUGACGGUGGACGUUUACAUCCACACCAGGAGGCUCGGCAGCCGCAUGGUCCUGUCCGUCUUCAGUCCCUACUGGAUCAUCAACAAGACCUCCCGUGUCCUCCAGUACCGAGCUGAGGACACUCAUGUGAAGCAUCCAGCAGACUACAGAGACAUUGUUCUGUUCUCAUUUAAAAAGAAAAACAUCUUUAGUAAGAAUAAGAUCCAGCUCUGUAUUUCAACCAGCACUUGGUCCAGCAGCUUUUCCCUUGAUACUGUAGGAAGCUAUGGAUGUGUCAGGUGUUCAGCUAAUAACAUGGACUACCUGGUUGGAGUCAGCAUCAAAAUGAGCAGUUUUAACCUGACCAGGAUAGUUACCUUCACUCCAUUCUACACAAUAGCAAACAAAUCUUCUCUGGAACUUGAAGUUGGAGAAAUUGGUCCCGGUGGCUCUCUUCCAACUCAUAGAUGGAAUUAUAUCUCAGCUUCAGAGUGUCUUCCAUUCUGGCCUGAAAGCUCAUCUGGUGAACUUUGUGUCAGAGUAGUUGGCUACGAGAGCCCAUCCAAACCAUUCCUGUUUAACGCCCAGGACAAUGGUACCCUGCUGAGACUGGAAGAACUGAACGGGGGCUUGCUGGUGGAUGUGAAUGUUUCUGAGCACUCGACUCUCAUAAGCUUCUCUGAUUACCAUGAGGGAGCUGCCCCAGCCCUGAUCGUGAACCACACCCCGUGGGACUCCCUCAGGUACAAGCAGAGUGGAUUACGAGAGGAGAUGGAGUUGAAACCAAGGCAAGUGUGCCUGUUUGCCUGGACAGAUCCAACUAAACCAAGAAAAUUGACUUGGGGCUACAGCCAAAAUUUUGGUGAACAUGACCUACUUAAGGAUGACUGUGGCCAGUUCCCCUACAAUGCCAACACUCAGAUCCACUGGGUGUCCUUCCUGGACGGGCGUCAGCGGGUGCUGCUCUUCACUGAUGACGUGGCUUUGGUCUCCAAAGCCCGCCAGGCAGAGGAGCUGGAGCAACCUGACCAAGAAAUAAACCUGUCCAUCCACAGCCUGGGGCUUUCUCUGGUUAACAAUGAAAAUAAAAAAGAAAUCUCUUACAUAGGAAUUACCAGUUCUGGUGUUGUUUGGGAAAGGAAACCAAAGCACAAGUGGAAACCAUUUAACCAAAAGCAAAUAAACCUGUUGGAACAAGCCUAUCAAAAGUAUCUCUCUAAGACAGCUUUCCAAGGUCCUGGUUGGCAUAAACUGGACAGCAACACCGAGGUGAAUUUCAGUAAGUUUCCCAUGGAAAUGCGUCUGCCAGUCCGGUGCAGCAUCCGCCGGAACUUCCUGUCGGGAAUUCAGGUGGAAUUCAAGCAGUCCCCUCACCAGAGGAGCUUACGGGCUCAGCUGUACUGGCUGCAGGUGGAUAAUCAGUUGCCAGGAUCGAUGUUUCCUGUUGUGUUUCACCCUGUAGCCCCUCCCAAGUCCAUUGCUUUGGAUUCAGAACCAAAACCCUUCAUUGACAUCAGUGUCAUCACCAGAUUCAACGAGUACAGCAAAGUGCUGCAAUUCAAGUACUUCAUGGUUCUUAUCCAGGAAAUGGCACUGAAAAUUGAUCAGGGAUUUUUAGGAGCACUUGGUGAACUUUUCACUCCAUCUACAGACCCAGAAGCUGAAAGACAAAGGUCCAAAUUAAUUCAGCCAGAUGUGGAUGCACUGAACACUGAGCUGAUGGAAUCCUCCCUGACAGACCUGUCCAUGCUCAGCUUUUUUGAACAUUUCCAUAUUUCUCCAAUUAAGCUGCAUUUGAGUUUGUCUCUGGCUUCUGGUGGGGAAGCAUCAGACAAGGGGGAGGUCAUGAUUGCCAUCCACUCUCUGAACCUGCUGUUGAAAAGCAUUGGAGCCACUCUGACAGACGUGGAUGACGUGGUUUUCAAACUCGCUUUCUUUGAAAUCAAAUACCAGUUCUACAAGAGAGAUCAACUGAUGAAGAGAGUUGUGAGACAUUACAGUGAACAGUUCCUGAAACAGAUGUAUGUCCUUGUGCUUGGAUUAGAUGUUCUUGGAAACCCAUUUGGCCUGAUCAGAGGCUUGUCUGAGGGAGUGGAAGCUUUCUUUUAUGAGCCAUUCCAGGGUGCUGUUCAAGGACCUGAAGAAUUUGCUGAAGGCUUUGUAAUUGGUGUUAGGAGUCUCCUUGGCCACACAGUGGGUGGUGCAGCAGGGGUGGUGUCCCGGAUCACUGGCACUGUGGGAAAAGGCCUGGCUGCCAUCACUCUGGAUGAAGAAUUCCAGCAGAAAAGGAGAGAGGAAAUGGGUCGGCAGCCAAAGGACUUCGGGGAGAGCCUGGCCAAGGGAGGGAAGGGCUUGUUACGGGGGGUCGUUGGAGGUGUCACAGGCAUCAUCACCAAACCAGUAGAAGGGGCUAAAAAAGAAGGAGCAGCUGGAUUCUUCAAGGGCAUUGGGAAGGGGCUGGUGGGAGUGGUGGCCCGGCCCACGGGAGGCAUCGUGGACAUGGCCAGCAGCACCUUCCAGGGCAUCCAGAGGGUGGCAGAGUCGACUGAAGAGGUGUCCAAUCUGCGUCCCCCCCGGCUCAUCCGCGAGGAUGGCAUCAUCCGGCCCUACAACAGGGUGGAAGCUGAGGGCUAUGACCUGUUUGAGAAAUUGCACAUCAAAAAGCUGGAAAAGGAGAUGUAUCGGUACCACUGUGCACUUCCAAGGGGCAGGAGAGCAAACCUUGUCGUCACCAACAGGAGAGUGAUUUAUGUGAAAGAAGUGGAAAUCUUGGGCCAUUUAACAGUAGAGUGGGAUCACUUAUUUGAAGAAUUUACACGCUGCCCUUCCUAUGCAGGAAAUACUUUAAAAUUAACUGUUCUGCAGGAUCAAAGGAUGUUCCAAAGAAAGGACAGUACAGGUCAGGAAUGUGUAAAGACAGUUCAGCUUCAGGACGAAACCACAGCAAGGUGGAUUUGUGGUGCCAUUCAGGAAGCCCAGGCAACGAGAAAUCAGCAGAAGCUGGUGAAAAGAGCAUCGUUGCAGUUGAAGAAACCACAAAUGCCUUGAUAAUGGUAGGAUUGGUGGGGUCUGACCUUUGGGGUGCGAUUGUCUCCCUAAAAUUGAUUAGAAGCAACAUGGAAACGUUGGGCAAAAAUAAAGAUAAAAUGCCUGGGGUCUUCUUUCAGAGUUAACAGCCAUUAAUUAACACUUCAGUUUCAGAAGCUGUGCCUCUGUGGGAACCAAUGGAUUUCCUUAUUCUAAAAUGUGCACUGAAGUGCAAGAUUUAGGAUUUUUGAUCAGAAGGUUUUCCACUCUGAAAUUUUAUUUUCUGCCCUCUUUUUUAUGUCAGGGAAAUGGAUUCUGUAAUAAAGUGGUUAUCUUAUUUGCACUAUAAGUUUAUGGUUUACAGGCAGGUUGUAGUACUUGUGGUUCUGGUGUUUGGCAAAAUGAAGUACUUCUGUUAAUGACUGAAACUAAUUAAAAAAUCCUUCUAUUUUAGGCAACAUUCUCCUUAAAUUAAGAAAGAAGUGUGCACAAUUUCCCUACUAUAAUUUCCUCCCUGUCUGUUUAGCAUUAGAAAAUGCUGCACUGGGGCAACAUAAGAAUGAGAAUAUAUGAGAGGAAUAGGCUCUUGCUGUCUGGAAAUGCUUACUUGGGAAUGCUGUCACACUGUAAAUGAAAACAUGCACUUUAAAAAUGGAAAUUCUCUUCACUGUCCCGUGCAUGUCCA